CACACAGCUGUUGGUGCUUGCUUCCUCAAUGGCUGCUCUAGAUUCCUCACCGCUGGGAAAGCAGCUCACUUGUUCGAUCUGUUUAGAUUUCUUCAAAUCUCCAGUAACAUUAACCUCUUGUGGACAUAACUUUUGUAAAGGAUGCCUUGAACACUUCUGGGAAAUGAUCCACAUCCAUAGCUGCCCACAAUGCAAGGAAAUAUUUGAUACAGGCCUGCCUCUCCAGGAGAAUGCCGAUUUGAAUGGACUGGUGGAAAAAUGGAAAGAAGGUUUGACCGAAUCUCAAGAGCUUGAAUGCAAAGUUGGACAAGAGACUGAGGUUCUGGAACAAAGCUGUCAAUCCAAACCAAAGGCUAAAUUGGAAAUAGGUAAGGAAUGCAAGCAAGAGCUAACUUGUAAACCAGUAGACACUGAGUGUAAGACUACAAUUGAAAAUGAACAAAAUGAUGACAUUGUCACUGAUCCUGAUGAAGUGGCUUGUGACUCCUGCAUUGAUAAGAAGUUAAAAGCUGUAAAGUCCUGUCUGACCUGCAUGGUGUCCUACUGUGGAAGUCACCUGAGGCCUCACCUUGAAAAUGCAGCCUUUAAAAAUCAUAAACUGAUUCACCCAAUGAAAAACAUUGAACAGGGAAAAUGCUGUCUGCAUGAGCGGUAUCUAGAGUUCUUCUGUAAAAAUGAUCAGUGCUGCAUCUGUACGGAGUGCACAGUGGAGAAACACGUAAAUCACGACAUAAUCUCUGUGGCAAGGGCGACAACUGAAAAGGAGAAUGUACUUCGGGAAACCAAAAUCAAUGUCGACAAGAAAAUUAAAGCAGUGGAGAAUGCUAUCAAGAAGCUACAGAGCAACAUUUCCUGCAUCUUUAACUCGGUAUCAGAGGUGAAAUCCAAGGUUGAAAAGCAAUUCAAGGACCUCAUGGAGGCUGUUCAAAUUGCACAGAGAGAGGUGCUUGGUUUUCUGGACGAUAGUGAACAAAAGUCACUGAAGCAGGCCAGUGGGAUCCGCACUCAUCUGGAAAACAAUAGCAUGCAGCUGAAAAAGACCAAGCAACAAGUAGAAGCCCUGAUGAAACUGAAGAAUAGGGUGCAGUUUUUACAGGAAUUCUGUGAAUGGAAGAAAAGCAGACCGGAUGAUAUGCUGCCCAGUGUGUACAUUGGAUUGAUAGACAAACUUGCUGGAAUUAGUGCAGCUGUUUCAGAAUCGACAGAAAACAUUAAACAAUUGCUACAGACUUCCUAUAAGGAGAAGUUGAAUGCAUAUUCAAAAGAAGAGCAAUUAGGAUUUAAGACAACAGUGGCUGUGAUUUGUGCUUUAAAACAUGCCCGACGAGAAAAGCAACCAAAGACCAGGAGUGAAUUUCUGAAAUAUGCUGCCACUUUGGCAUUUGACCUGAAUACAGCCCACAGAUAUCUUCGCUUCAUCAAUGACAAUCGCAAGGUUUCCAACACUUCACCCUGGCUGCAGCCAUAUCCGGAUCACCCCGAGAGGUUCGAACAUUGGCGGCAAGUGCUGUGCACAGAAAGUUUUUAUAUGGGCCGAUGUUACUGGGAAGUGGAGAUCAGCGGAGAGGGGACCCAUGUUGGCAUGACUUACAAAAGCAUUGAUAGAAAAGGAGACAAUAGUAGUGGCUGCAUCACAGGGAAUGAUUUCUCCUGGUGUAUUCAGUGGACAGGUAAAGAGUUCUUAGUCUGGCAUGGUGAUGUGGAAAUGCCAGGGAAGGAUGAGAAGUUCAGCAGGAUAGGAGUGUACUUAGAUUAUCAAAACAACAUCCUAUCAUUUUACGGUGUUGAUGACACUAUGACCUUGAUACACAAGUUUAAAUCUUCAUUCACAGAACCAUUAUGUCCUGCAUUUUAUCUUGCGAAAAAGGAAGCAUCAGUUUCUCUGCUUUUAUUUGAUGUAGAAGCUGCAGAGAAUACAAAAGCUGUGUAGAAUCAACUUUGGGGCUGUAUUUAAUGGUACAGUAUUCUCCCCCCUCUAGCCUUACAAUUUCACAUCACACACCAUAAGGUCACAUUCACCUUACGUGUGAGAACAGCAGUAGUUCAAAGAGGAAAGGGUCAGCAAAGUGGAGUAUUGUAGCAGUUAAGCAAUUGAUGUGAAAAUACUAUUUUUUAAGUGUCAUCUCUCUAAAAUCAAUUCCACCUUGUUGAUAAAUGAUUGAACAUAAUAACACAAGGAACAGAUACAGGUCAUGCAACUCCUCAAGCCUCCUCUAUAACAACUUUUGUAUUCAGGGUUUCUGUCUCUCAAGUUUCCAGAUUUUCAUUUUCUCUUAUUUGCAAAGUGUCUGCUGUGUUUUGUCUUUUCAUUUGUUGUGUGACCAAUAUUUUGCAACAACUGCUAGGGUCCCCAGACAUUAUAAAAAGAUAGCUGAUUCUUACUAUUAAGGUGUAAUGACAUUCUUUUAAAUGUGAGAAAAAAAUAAAAGGACUAAAUCUAUUUUGCUUCCCAUUUAUUUCUUCUUCCUAUGUUUUGCUUGGAUCAGGGUCCAGAAAUUGUUCCUUCACUCAGAAGUUAAAGUUUAGCUAUGUCCAGAUGGAUGAAGAGAUGGUAUAGUUGUGGUUGGUAACAACUCUUAUAGUUGAUGACACAGCAGGAUGGUUUUGGUAUACAGAAAAUUGAUCCUCCAUGCAGACGAAAAUAAGGAUCUUCAAGAAUCAGGUUUUGAGGAGAUUUGGAUUUGGGCAGAUGUAGCUGUCAGCCUACGGUGUUGUUUGUUGUACUCUGUUCUGAUGCUAAAAGUAGCCUGAGACCAGACUUUGGGAAUAAAUAACUAAACCUCUUCAAAAACUAGAGGAGUUUUGGUCAUGUGACAUUGCCCAUGCACAUGUCAGUUAGUUUAAUCGGGCAAAUUUGUAUGCCUUUGUUUAAAGUCCAUCAUUCACUCCAGGGCUUAGCUGUGGGCUGUUAGCAUCUCUGCAGGCAUAAUGAAUAUUGAUUAGGUCUCUUUGCUAUCAGGCUUUAAAAAGUGUCAUAGAAAACCAUGAAACAUUAUUGCUAUGGUAUUUUCCCAGAUGACUAUCCUGAUACCUUGAGGUAUUUGCUGCAUCUACCAGUAUGUGAUGCUGGGCCAGGUUUGUUAGGGGUAGUUCAUUGUCACUAAUCCUCCAACGUAUUUGCCUUGUCUUGGGCCAAUUUGAUGACUGGUAGUAGAAUCCAAACAGAAGAGAUACUGUUCUUAAAUAACAAGGAGGCUUACUGCAUGAUUGUAAUAAGUGCAAUGAUAUUUGUACAGGAUUAGCUACUAGGAUCUGAGGCAGUAGUACAGAUAUAUCUGCUCUCUCCAAAAGAUAGAGUAGAACUUCCAGUCACCACCCACAGAUUGUGUGUAACAUCAGUGGAAUGGAUAGAGCCAACUGAACAUGAACAUUCACCUCUUCAGCAACACUAACCUAUACAACAGGCACCCGAUACAUUCUUUAACCAGUGAACAUAAUUGACCUUGACAGUCAGAAUAACCAGAUAACACAUGUUUAAAUCCUGCUGCAUUUGAUAGCAGAGUCACAUGGUAUUUCAAUAUUAUUUUCAAUUGAUUCAUGCACAAAAUGAUUGUACCACAUUUGUAUAGUGGAUGAAAGUGUUGCUAUAAGAAUUUAUAUUUCAGUGUUACC